UGACAAAAUGGAACAUACCAGCAGUGUGAGGAGACCUGAAAGUGGCACAUGGCAGAGUGUGGCGAUGGAGACAGCAGCAAUGGGAGGCCGUACAGGGACCCAUGACACACUCUGGACCUGGCAGCAGCAUGAGGAGGCGGUACAGGGGGCCCAUGACAGAUUACGGGCCUGGCAGCAGCAUGAGGAGUCGGCCAUACAGCAGCACCUAUCACAAAAUGGAACCCACCAACAGUGUAAGGAGAGGAGACCUGAAAGUGGCACAUGGCAGAGUCUGGCGAUGAAGUCAGCAGCAAUGGGAGGCCGUACAGGGACCCAUGACACACUCUGGACCUGGCAGCAGCAA